CAGAAAUACACUUUAGUAAAGUAUUGGGACACCCCUCCAAAUCAUUGGAUUCAGGUGUUCCAAUCAUCUCCAUGGCCACAGGUGUAUAAAAUCAAGCAUCUAGGCAUGCAGACGGCUUCUACAAACAUUGGUGAAAGAAUGGGUCGCUCUCAGGAGCUCAGUGAACUCAAGCGUGGUUCCGUGAUACGUUGCCACACUAAGUCCAUCCGUGAAAUUUCCUUGCUACUAAAUAUUCCAUGGUCAACUGUUAGUGGUAUUAUAGCAAAGUGGAAGCAACUGGAAACCACAGCAACUCAGCCACCAAGUGGUAGGCCACGUCACAUGACAGGGUGGGGUCAGCGCAUGCUGAAGCGCAGAGUGCGCAGAAGUCACCAACUGUCUGCAGAGUCAAUAGCUAAAGACCUCAAAACUUUGGGUGGCCUUCAGAUUAGCACAACAACAGUGCGUAGAGAGCUUCAUGGAAUGGGUUUCCAUGGCCGAGCAGCUGCAUCCAAGCCUUCCAUCACCAAGUGCAAUGCAAAGCGUUGGAUGCCGUGGUGUAAAGCAUGCCACCACUGGACUCUA